UCCGACACCAUUUGUGUCGUGUAGUGUAGAAACUUGGAUUUUUGGUUGUAAUGCAUGGCAGACCUGAUGGAUAUUCCUGAUAUAUUGCAUAAAAAUACCUUUUUUGAAUACGUCAGCUUUUUCAUUCGAAAUGCCAAUGUCCGUGUUUUUAAUGUGUUUUUAUAUUAGAGAAGACUUUGUUAAUGUUUUUACUCUAUCAAAUUAUUUAUUAAUACUACUCAAAUAUUCUCGAAAUGGCUGAAUUAAAUAAACCAAUAAGUUAUGAAAAUAAAAUUAUUCUAGCACCAAUGGUGCGAGUAUGCACGUUGCCAAUGAGACUUCUUGCAUUACAUUAUGGUGCAGAUCUUGUUUACACUGAAGAACUUAUUGACUUUAAAUUACUUCAGUCAACACGUCAAAUAAAUGAUGUAUUAGGAACAAUUGAUUACGUUGAUCAAACUGAUGGAACAAUCAUUUUUCGGACUUGUUCUGAAGAAAAAAAUCGUGUAAUUUUGCAGCUUGGCACCUGUGAUCCUGAUAGAGCCUUGAAGGUUGCACAAUUAGUUCAACAUGACGUAGCUGGAAUUGACAUAAAUAUGGGAUGUCCCAAGAAAUUUUCUCUUGAUGGUGGAAUGGGAGCAGCUCUUUUAUCUAAUGAACAAAAAGCUACAAAUAUUUUAACUAAAUUAGUUGAAGGAGUAAAUAUACCUAUUACUUGUAAAAUCCGGGUUUUCGAUAAUCUCCAAAAAACUAUAGACCUGGUCAAUAAACUUGUAUCAACCGGAAUAUCAGCAAUCGCAGUUCAUGGUCGUACAAUACACGAAAGACCACAGCAUAAUAACAGAAAUGAAAUGAUUAAAUCUAUCUCACAAUCAGUAUCAAUUCCUGUUAUAGCUAAUGGAGGAUCAAGAGAGAUUGAAAAGUAUUCAGAUAUUGCCCAAUUUAAGAAAGAAACACACUGUAACAGUGUAAUGAUUGCCCGUGCUGCCGAAUGGAAUUGUUCAAUAUUUCGAAAAGAAGGUCUAUUACCAAAAGAUGAUGUGAUUAAAUCAUAUUUGAAAUAUGCUGUUGAUUAUGAUAAUUCAGCAUCGAACACGAAGUAUUGUAUACAGAACAUUAUUAGAGAAUUGCAAGAAUCACCAUUAGGAAAAAUAUUUUUACGCGCUGAAACUCUAGAAGAAAUAUGUAAAGUUUGGGAUAUGGAUGAAUAUUAUAGAGUUCAAUCUAAAAAGUUUCAAGCUAAAGGGCUCCAAAACCGUAUUCAUUUUACACCCGCUAGUAUUAGUGGAGCUAAAACACAUAAUAGUUCAUGUAAACGAAAAUACGAAGAUGACGAUGUAACACUGAUGCGUUGUGUCUUUUUAAGAGGACGUUAUCUUAGUGAUACAGAUUUACCUAAAACGCGAUUAUUAAAAUGGCUCCGAGAAAAUGGAAAGAGUGACAUAGUACCUCGUUAUUAUACGUGGUAUGAAAAUAAAUUAUUUCGCUCUGUCGUUGUUGUUGACGAUAAAAAAUAUAGCUCGACAUAUUGGGAAAAGAAUAAAAAAAGAGCUGAACAGGGUGCAGCUUUGGUAUGUCUUUGUAAAUUAGGAGUCAUCAAUGAAGGACAUUUAAAAGAAAAUGGAAGUUUGCGUUAAUGAAUUGUAAAGAAAUAUUUUAUACAUCAUAAAUUUAACAAUAAAUGUUAAUUUUUAUUUUUUCAUUAUAUAUAAUAAAAUU